CCCUUCUUCCCUCAAAACCCCUCUGUCAUUACGAGGCUGGAGUGCCCAGGCUGGGAGACCAACUAUGGACUCAGCACAGGGAUUCUGCCCGAGGUCACAGAAGUCGGGCUCUAUUAGCUCUUCCCUGGCCCCAGGGUGGAACCAACCCCAUUCCCUCCAGGUGCUUAAUAAGCAUAUGCUUGGUGUCCUAUUGACUUCUGGUGAGGAACCAGAAGCCCUGGAGGGACUUAGGGACGUAGAGUCUUCCUUCUGUGCCCCUUACUGGUUUUCCCAGAGCAGGAGUCCUGAAACUCAACAGUGGUUCCUGGCACCUAGUAAGCACUUAGAUUUUGAUUGGACUGCCAAGGGACAAAACAGGAUGACCUGAUAACACACUGUAGGCCCUUCACCCAGACUUCACCUCCGAGAAAUGCCCAGAAGCUUCUGGGGGAGGCGCUUGCCAGCCUUGACACCCCAGGGGCUCAGCGGGCGGCCCAGCCCUGCCUCCUGUCAUCGUAAUGCAUUCAUAUCUACAGGAUGGCAAAUUUCAUAUCCUCCCACCCUCUUUCCUGCAUUAUUGAUGGACUGCACUUUUAAAAAAUCAAUUAGAUCAGGGAGUGGGACUGGAGUUAAAAAGAAGCCUUUAAAAGUCUGCUCUUAUUUUUGCUGUUUUGAAUAGGAACAGAUAAAGCUUUCCCUCUGGUUUGAAUAAGUCAAGCCCAGGGCUAGGUUGGCUGUGAUUGGCCAGGACUAGGAAAAUGCGGUUAAAAUGCAAACCCAAGCAAAUAAAACCCACUGUCUGCACAGCCAUUAUUAAGAGAAGGCAGCAGGGCCUGGAGCCUCCCACAUUGGGUGGUUCCUCAACACUGCUUACCGACUGCAAGAAAACUGGGAAGACUGGUGAGAGAAGGCAAGUCCCGGGAAGACAAGCACCAUGUCUCUGAGCAGCGCCUUCCGGGCUGUGGGCAACGACCCUGGGAUCAUCACCUGGAGGAUAGAGAAAAUGGAGCUGGCGCUGGUCCCCCUGAGUGCCCACGGCAACUUCUACGAGGGAGACUGCUAUGUCAUCCUCUCGACCCGGAGAGUGGGCAGCCUCCUCUCCCAAGACAUCCACUUCUGGAUUGGGAAGGACUCCUCCCAGGAUGAACAGAGCUGUGCAGCCAUCUACACUACGCAGCUGGACGACUACCUGGGGGGCAGCCCUGUUCAGCACCGGGAGGUCCAGUACCACGAGUCCGACACCUUCCACGGAUACUUCAAGCAGGGCAUCAUCUACAAGAAGGGGGGUGUGGCCUCUGGGAUGAAGCACGUGGAGACCAACACCUACCACGUGAAGCGGCUGCUGCAUGUGAAGGGGAAGAGAAACAUCCGGGCCACCGAGGUGGAAAUGAGCUGGGACAGUUUUAACCAAGGGGAUGUCUUCUUGCUGGAUCUUGGGAAGGUCAUCAUCCAAUGGAACGGCCCGGAGAGCAACAGUGGGGAGCGCCUGAAGGCGAUGCUUCUGGCAAAGGAUAUUCGGGACAGGGAGCGAGGGGGCCGUGCUGAGAUAGGAGUGAUCGAGGGAGACAAGGAGGCAGCCAGCCCGGAGCUGAUGAAGGUCCUUCAGGACACCCUCGGCCGGCGCUCCAUUAUCCAACCGGCAGUCCCAGAUGAGGUCAUAGAUCAGCAGCAGAAAUCAAACAUCACGUUGUAUCAUGUCUCAGAUUCAUCUGGACAGCUGGUCGUCACAGAGGUAGCAACGAGGCCUCUGGUCCAGGACUUACUGAACCCUGAUGACUGCUACCUCCUGGACCAAAGUGGAACCAAGAUCUAUGUGUGGAAAGGAAGAGGAGCCACAAAGGCUGAGAAACAGAUGGCCAUGUCUAAAGCCCUGAAUUUCAUCAGGAUGAAGGGCUACCCCAGCAGCACCAACGUGGAGACUGUCAAUGACGGUGCCGAGUCGGCCAUGUUCAAGCAGCUGUUCCAGAAGUGGACGGUGAAGGAACAGACCACAGGUCUGGGGAAAACGUUCAGCAUGGGUAAAGUUGCGAAGGUUUUCCAGGAUAAAUUUGAUGUAAUUCUGCUGCACACCAAACCAGGGGUGGCAGCCCAGGAAAGAAUGGUGGAUGAUGGCAAUGGCAAAGUUGAGGUCUGGAGGAUAGAAAGCCUGGAGCUGGUCCCCGUGGAGCACCAGUGGUAUGGCUUUUUUUACGGGGGAGACUGCUAUCUGGUCCUCUAUACGUACGAGAUGCAUGGAAAGCCUCAUUACAUCCUGUAUAUCUGGCAGGGCCGCCACGCCUCACAGGAUGAGCUGGCAGCCUCGGCAUAUCAGGCGGUAGCGGUGGACCAGCAGUUUGAAGGGGCCCCCGUGCAGGUUCGGGUCACCAUGGGGAAGGAGCCGCGCCACUUCAUGGCCAUCUUCAAAGGAAAGCUGGUCAUCUUUGAGGGUGGGACUUCUAGGAAGGGAAAUGCUGAGCCGGAUCCUCCAGUAAGACUCUUCCAGAUUCAAGGACAUAACAAAUAUAACACCAAAGCAGUGGAAGUCCCAGCCUUCACCUCCUCCCUAAACUCCAAUGAUGUCUUUCUGCUGCGGACGCAGGCAGAGCACUACCUGUGGUUUGGCAAGGGGUCUAGUGGGGAUGAGCGGGCGAUGGCUAAGGAGCUGGCCGGACUUCUCUGCGACGGUACUGAGAACACAGUGGCUGAGGGCCAGGAGCCAGCUGAGUUCUGGGACCUGCUGGGAGGGAAAACUCCCUACGCCAGUGACAAAAGACUACAGCAGGAGAUCCUAGAUGUCCAGCCUCGUCUCUUUGAAUGUUCCAAUAAGACUGGCCGGUUCACUGUCACUGAGAUCAUAGACUUCACCCAGGACGACCUGAACCCAGGUGACGUGAUGCUCCUGGAUACCUGGGACCAGGUGUUCCUGUGGAUCGGGGCUGAGGCCAAUGCCACAGAGAAGGAGAGCGCUCUGUCUACCGCCCAGGAGUACCUGCACACUCACCCCAGCGGCCGAGACACCGGCACACCGAUCCUGAUUGUUAAACAGGGGUUCGAGCCUCCCAUCUUCACUGGCUGGUUCCUGGCCUGGGACCCUCACAUUUGGAGUGCAGGGAAAUCAUAUGAACAGUUAAAAGAGGAGCUGGGAGACGCUGCUGCUAUCACAAGAAUCACUGCUGAUAUGAGGGACACAACCCUUCCCCUGAAUUCUGAGCCAAAAUAUUACCCCCUAGAAGUUCUGUUGAAAAAUCAGAGUCAGGAGUUGCCAGAGGACGUGAACCCUGCCAAAAAGGAGAAUUACCUCUCUGAACGGGACUUUGUUUCUGUGUUUGGCAUCACAAGAGGGCAGUUUGCUGCUCUGCCUGGCUGGAAACAGCUCCAGAUGAAGAAAGAAAAGGGGCUUUUCUGAGGCAAGAAGGCAUCUGCCUAUUGCAAGAUCCCAGAAGAGAGUAGACAGUGCCAAUGUCAGGAAAGAAUUUCUCUAAUUUCUGCCUAAUGUCCAGCUACUUAAUGGAGAGAUAGUUGAGCCUGCCAAUCACAGCAUGUACUCCAUUUUUCUCAUCCCUGUGUUUCUUAGUUGUCAUAUACCUAAAAUGGUAGCUGCUCACUUCGAAAUUUUUAUGGUCUUCUGGCUGAAGCCUUAGCAGAAAACGCUAAAACUGCAUGAAAAUCUGGAGAAGUCAAAAGUAAGAGAACAGAAAAAUUGUUUAAAGUGCUUAAUUCUGGGGCAAGGGCCUAAGUUUAAAUUUUAAGGUUGGUAUUUUCUAUUUAACCCACAAAUCAUCAAAGUUAUUCACAUAUAUACCCUGAAGUCAAAAUCUAAAUGCUCAAAUCUGUAUGUGCCAGAAGCUUUUAAGUUUUCAAAUAAAGAUAUCUAUAAGGACAAA